ACUCUACCGAAUAACAUGACGGAGAGAAAGGAUGGAUGUUAAUGUUUUGAUCUGUGUUUUAAUAUAUUCUUGCGCCAUACACAUUUGUCUCGGAGUGAGAAGACGUCAAAAUGAUUUAAAUGAUCAAAGGUAUAAGCGAGCUGUGACAGAAUUCUCACAGCAUGAAGUGGUGUAUCCCAGGCUCUAUGACUCUGAGAUGAAAGAAAUAAAAUUUUCCAAGUCAAACAUGGGUCAUCCAAAGCAACUUUCCGUCCAUAUUGUAACAGCGGAUGGGAUACUUAUACUGCAACUGGAGAGGAACAGUAAUCUGUUGACGAAGUCCUUUAUAGAAAAAAAUAUUGAAGAUGAAGACAGAUUCAGGUUAAAAAAGCUGAAGCCACAAGAGCUUACGGAGCACUGUUUCUACCAUGGCAGUGUACAGGGUCACUCCUCAUCCCUGGUGGCAGUGAGCACUUGUGAAGGGGUCAGUGGUUACAUCCAGACCGACAGAGAAGCCUACCACAUAGAGCCAGGGCUGGAUAUGGGGGAUGGGGCACACAAGCUCAAUAAAGACAUUCACAAGAAGGACACCCCACACAAUUGCGGUACCCAUCCUACAAGACAUUCAUCCAAGCUCAAUGAAACAGUACAGAUUGACUUGACACAUUCAUAUUUAAGAAGAAAACGCAGAAGCUUGGUGGAGCCAUAUGAUGCCAAUUUGCAGACACGCUAUGUUGAGAUGUAUGUAGUCAAUGACUUCAGAACCUUUGAUAGUAAUAAUCGUGAUGUCGCGUACCAAACUCGGAAGACUCAGAACAUUAUCAACAUUGUCAGCCGGCUUUAUCGGCCAUUCAACAUUUACAUCGCCCUGGUUGGUGUGGAAAACUGGACGAAGGAAGAUCUGUUCCAGAUUGUUGAUGAAGCAGAUACAACCCUGCAGAGCUUCCUACACUAUCGGAAAGAAAGGAUCAACCCCUACCACAGGAAUGAUAACUCUCAGUUGAUUACGACAACAUCAUUCAGCAAUGGAGUGGUGGGCAAAGCCAUCAAAGGGACAAUAUGUACUUACCAGUACUCUGGUGGUGUGAACUUGAAUCUCGCAACGGAAGCUCAGACAGCAACAACUAUAGCACACGAGCUGGGGCACAAUUUUGGUAUGGACCACGACAACUACACGAUAUGCAAGUGUCCUGUGGAGAAAUGCAUCAUGGCGUCCACAAGUGGGGGAUCCAUGGAUGGGCGGGUGAACGUUCCCACAAAGUGGUCCUCGUGUUCCAUGACAUCGCUCUAUGAGUCGUUUGAGAUGGUGAUGGACUACUGUCUGCGUAACGUGCCGGAGACCCUGUACGCUGGGCCUGACUGCGGCAACGGGUUUACAGAGGCGGGCGAGGAGUGCGACUGUGGGGCUCUUGAGGAGUGUCACAACAAGUGCUGCAAUGCUACCACAUGUCGCCUGACCCGGGGAUCUCAAUGUGCGGCAGGAGCCUGCUGUGACCUUGACACUUGCAAGCCGAGGGCAGCAGCGACACUGUGUCGGGCCCAGGUGGGGGAGUGUGACCUGCCUGAGUUCUGCCUGGGAGACAACCCUGCCUGCCCCUCAGACGUGUUCCUACAGGACGGGCUGCAGUGUGGAAAUGGGCAGGCAUUCUGCUACAAGGGCAAGUGCAGCACACACACAGGCCAGUGUCGCCUGCUCUGGGGCUCUACGGGGCGUGUGUCUGACCCGGUCUGCUUCAAGCACCUCAACACCAACGGCAGCAAGCACGGCAACUGUGGCUACAACUGGACCCAGAUCAGAUACCUGCCCUGCCUCAGAGAUGACGUGAUGUGCGGGCUGCUGCACUGUGUUCACCAGAACGAGAAACUGAUGUUCUGGAAGGACAGUCUGACCCACACAACCCCCGCCACGUUUCUCACCAUCGGCACCACAACACAUGUGUGCCGGGGAGCCAUGCUGGAUGUGGGGCUAGACAUGCCUGACCCUGGCAUGGUACCAGACGGUGCCAAGUGCGACGAGAAAAAGAUGUGCUUGAACCAGAAGUGUCGCUCCAUCAGUGAGCUGGGGUUCCUGGGCUGUGAGGGCGGCUGUUCCAAGCAUGGUGUGUGUAACAGCAAGGGCAACUGUCACUGUGAGGAGGGGUGGGGGCCUCCCAGCUGCAAUGGGGCCGGCAACGGGGGCAGUGUGGAUAGCGGGCCCAUCAAGAUUGAAGAGUCUCGUGGCCUGCUGGUGACGUUGCUGGUGCUGUUCCUGGUGGUGUUGCCACUAUUGGCCUUUCUGGCCUUCCUACUCUACUACUUCAGGCAUUCACUGCAGGCAUGGUGGCACAGCAGGUUCGACAAAACAGCCAAGAAUCAGAACCGGCCUGCGCGCCCGUCCCGCCCUCCACCCAAGACAGACCCACACCCAAGCAGCAGGCGGGAUCCUCCCCCACCCCCCAGCAAACCCCUAGCCAGACCCCUUGCAGAGCAACCUGGGCCCCACCAUGAGGUCAGCGGCAAAUCUGGUAUUGACAAGAGCAAGCCGAAGUCUAAGCCGAUGGCCAGUGUGCAGAUUUCCCAUCCUGUUCUUACUGAUAGCACACACGAGGAUUCUAAGGCCCACAUUCAAACCAGCCCUGUCGCUGAUCAUAAGAAAAUACAGAGGCCUCCACCUCCUAAAUUACCUCUAAAGGUAUCUAAGCAGGACAACAAAGGUAAAACUCCUGGAGGAGCUUGUGAUACCAAGACUGAGCCAGGAACCAGCGAGAGCAAGUCAAGGUUUGGGCCCAUAUUCAAAAUACCAAGCUUCUCAAAGGCAGACAAACUAAGCACACCCAAACCUGAACAAUCAGCUGACACGGAUCCAGCUUCUGGAAAUGUGGUGAAGAAACGAGAACUGACAAGAAACAUAUCUAAUCCAGUCCUCAUCAGCACCACAGACAGACGAUCAAAACAUCUUGUCAAAGCUGAAAACCAUAGUGUCGCGCAGAUUCAGUUGGCAGACAGACAGGCCAGCGUAGAGGCACCACCUCUGCCUCCUCACAUCGACUUAAAGCGCAGCGAAUCAGACAUCGCCCGACGCAAUCGUCCCCUGCCCCCCAGGCCAGUCUCAAUGCCGGAGAGUGAAAGUGGGGAGGAACCAAAUGUGACCGUCUCCAGUGGUAGAAAGUCUGCAGUAUUUACCAGUAACUCCCCCAGAAUGCCCCAGCGCCCACCCCCACCCCCUAUCAAGCCAGGAAUUGACAGCACAAGGAAGACAAUAGAAGACGAGCUAGCGAAACUCGAUAGCAUAAAUAUUACUAUACCAGACAUGAACAGUAGACCUUCAACUCCAAAGGCAGUGCAUCCAAAAACCAAAGAUAUAAAACCAAAACCAAGACCUGGAGCGCAGAAGACUACCUCCUCAGAUGCACAGAAACCUUUGCCUCCUGCAAAAUCACCUGCAGUGAGGUCGAAAUCAGACAGCAACAAACUUGAGGACGUCUCAAAACCAAAAGAGCAGAGAACUGACAUAAAACCUGGUGGAGAUUUUGAAGUUAAGAAACCAAUUUUUAUUCCCAAAGCAAGACCUGGCCUCGGCAAAACCAAAGCAAAAACUGAAACACCUAAGGAGAAUAUAACGGAAAUAAAGAGAAAAAUCUCGACUGAUUCUUUAGACGAAGAUCCGAAUGCUGGAUCAGCCAGUGUGGCUGGCCUUUCAAGAAUAUUUGACACACAGACCAAGCCAUUGCUUAGUGAGAGUGCAUUGGCCGAGCCUAAGGACAAGGGCCUUAAGAAAACUGUGUCACAAGGAUCAGCAAAGGCGCCCAUGACCCCACCAAAACCUCGCCCCGGGGUCAAGUUCGUCCGCAGUGUUGAUGUGUAACAAGGGCAAUAUUUGAGAUGUGUGUGGAAGAAACUUGAGUUAAGCUAUCAGUGCCAGUGGGUGUGAAGGUCAUUACAAAAACUAUAAUAUUAUUUGGUCUGUGGGAAAACCUGGAUUAAUGAAUGUGCGUAGCCUGUGCACUGUAUUGCCAAUCAUUUGUGAAUGGGGCUACGUUUUGGCUCAAUUCUCACACAUCUGUCAAGGUAGCUAAGUUUUGGCUCAAUUGGUACACUUGUGUGAAGCUAAGUAUUAUCUCAAUUGUCAUCCUUGUGUGAAGGGAGAUAAGUGUUGGCUAAAUUGUCACCCUUGUGUGAAGGGAGAUAAGUGUUGGCUAAAUUGUCACCUUUGUGUGAAGGGAGAUUAGUGUUGGCUUCAUUGUCACCCUUGUGUGAACGGAGAUAAGUGUUGGCUUAAUUGUCACCUUUGUGUGAACGGAGAUAAGUGUUGGCUAAAUUGUCACCCUUGUGUGAAGGGAGAUUAGUGUUGGCUUAAUUGUCAUCCUUGUGUGAACGGAGAGAAGUGUUGGCUAAAUUCUCAACCUUGUGUGAAGGGAGAUAAGUGUUGGCUUAAUUGUCACUCUUGUGUAUAGGGAGAUUCAUGUUGAUUCAAUUGUCACUGUAGUUUAAAGAGAGCAAAGUUGGUUUUAAGUGUAUUAUGCCAUUUAUUCAUUUUUAGGAAUUUCGAUUUUUGAAAUUCUAAGAUCCUUAUAUUAAGAUGACUUAACGUAAUGAGGGUUUAUUGAUUUGUUAAUUUAUGUGGGGGGUUUUAUUUGUAAAUUUUAAUCAUGAACUUUACAUAAGUAUUUCUGAUUUAUCUAGAUAAAAUUUGAGGAACAAUAAGAUUUGUGUUUUUUUAAUUAAGACAUAAUGCUUUAACCUCAAAUUUGAUGUUCUAUCACUUUUUGGCUUGUUCUUUCACUUUUUGGCACAAUUUAAUAUGAUACAAAUGUUUUCUUAAGAACAUCAGUUUGUUAGAACUUUUCCAGUUUGAUCACUGCUGAGUAAAAUAUCCUGUAAGAGAUUUGUGAUAAUAAUUUGUAGAAUUAUAUCAUAUCGGGUAUGUGGAAACAUACAUGUUUCAACAAUUUGUUAAAACUACCACUAACCAAAUGCUUCAUUUCCAUAAUGGUUCAAAAUGGAUGAAGUAUUUAAAGUUUUUAUCACACUUAUAAAGAUUUAAUUUUUUUUUUAGUGAAUUCAACAACAAAAAUUUAGUCAGUAACCCAGGGGUCUAGCUAGGUUCAAAAUUUAGGGAGAAGUCACUUCUCCCAAAGGCCAAAAUAGGGAGGAGUGGCAACUUUUCGGGGAGAAAUGGUACUUUUGCAUCCAGUGGUCAAGCUUAGCUCAAAAUUUCGGGAGCUGUCACUUCUGUACAGUUGCGUCAUAGGUCUUCAUUUUACAUGUAUUUUGCAGCAAAUUAAAAGAGAAGUAUUUCCGUUCAGCUUUCAAUCAACUCUUUACUUGUCUUAUACCCCUCAUUAAAUUUGCCAAUUAUCAUUAAUCAAAAACAACUCUUAUUUCACACUUUGGGGGACAACAUUUACAAAUACAAACACACACUCACUUAAGUGUUCAUUUUUGUAAUUGAUGUAUUUAACUGAGUUAAAGUUAUAUAUUUAACACUUAACAUGCUAUUUAUGUGAUGACUGAUAAGCUAUUUCAAUAAUAGAGGCUGAAAUGGGGGAUGGAAUUCAAAAGGCUGCAUUUCAUUUAUAAUAAGAGAUGUCAAGUGUAUGAAACCUACAUUUUUCUUAUUUGUAAUUGAUUGUAAAUUAUUCUGGUAAUUUUUAUUUUAUUUUUCCUGUACAGGUUUAUCAAAUAAAACUUCAAGUUUAACAAAACCAGUAAUAUUCAUAAUCUUCUUACUUCCUUGUAAAUUUUAAGAAAAUCAAGAUUAAAUCGAAUUUAUAUUGUGCUACAAUUUUUUUAAAUAAAAAUUCAUUUAAAGUCUCAUUUUACAGCACAGAUUCCAAAUCUUACCCAUAAAUGAGCCCUAUAUUUAUUGCCAGUGUGCUAGGUUAACUCUUCCCAUUUGAUCAUUCCUUUGUAUUGUUUUAAUGGGCCAUUUAACUUUGCUGAAGUAUAGUUAUUGGUAGCCAGCACAAGGCAAUUAAUCAAGGCUUCACCUAUGAACAAUUUUAAGAACUCUAAUAGCUCCCGACUGUGCAUUUGAAUGUUCAACUUUGCAUGACCUGUAAAUGUGGCAACUUCUGACUGAGAAUUCUCCUGUGUCCAAUUCUCAACAUCAAAUUGAUUUUAAUGGUCAAUGUGUGGCACAAACAAAUAAUUAAAAGGUGGAGAAGUUAUGUCGCCUUCAUGAAAUUAAUUAGCGACAUAAAUAUUCCCUUGGCGAGCAAAUCGCCCACUAGCGAGACCCCUGUAACCUGGAUAAAGAUGCAUACAGUUGUUUCUUACGUAGUUUUUUGUUCCUUCCAAAGUCGAAUGAACACUAUACUGUAGUUAAUAAUGGCAUUAUAAUAAUUUAUGUAUUUAGUACUUGUUCUUUAAAGACUUUUGGCUUUUUGCUUUCAUGUUGUUACAAGAGACUAAACAAAUGUUUUUAUGAUUAAGUGUUAAACUGUUGAAUCAGUAUUUCAUUUUAAGAUACAACAGUUUUAUGCUCAGGUCUCCAGUGGGUUUUUUCCCCUCAUUUUGGAAAUGGGGCCGGGUCCGUUUGGAUUUGGAAAAAAUCAGUGUUACGACCAAAAUUUUGAAAUUAGUGUUGUUGUUUUUUGCUCACAAAUGCUUCAAACAUGAGAAUUAUAGAGUUUUCAAUAUUCAAUUUAAUAACGUGUAACUUGUAGAGCUUGAAUGGAGAUAAACUAAAUGUUGAUCUUAAAAAGAAUUUUUUUUUUUUUAUCUUAAAUUUGGAAUUUAAGGUCCAAUUUCGGAAAAAUAUAUACUAUUUUCUAUUGGGAUUGGGGUCGAUUUUGAACACAAAAACAACUCUGCCCUUAAUAUGUGCCAUGUAUGUGAACCUGUUGAUUAGUUGUUUUUUAGAUGCAAGAUUCUGAGUCAGUAUAUCUAGUCAUUUUUGCAUUAAUGUUAUACAUGUAUGUUUCAUUUAUAUACCAUUUUAAUUAUUGAUAUAACCAUUUAGUUUGUAUGCAUCUUAAUACAAUUUUUAACAUGUAUAGUUCAUGAAGACAUGGUGAUUUCAAAUGAAUACAUGGUGUUUUUGUGCCCCUGGAUCGAAUGAUCGGGCAUAUUGUUUUUGGCCUGUCUGUCAUUCCGUCAUUCUGUCCCAAAACUUUAACCUUGGUUAAAGUUUUGCAAUAACUUUUGAAAUAUUGAACAUAGCAACUUGAUAUUUGGCAUGCAUGUGUAUCUCAUGGAGCUGCACAUUUUGAGAGGUGAAAGGUCAAGCUCAUCCUUCAAGGUCAAAGGUCAAAAAAAAAAUUCAUAGCGGCGCAUUAGUUUUUGUUACUUUUUAACAUGUAUAGUUCAUGUAGACAUGGUGUUUUCAAAUGAAUACAUGGUGUUUUUACUCCUAAGUUUUUGUUACUGGAUAUGUUUGUGUCUUUGUUUAAAUUGUCUUUCCAGCUGCUACUUAAAAGAAAAAAGCCUCAAUAUAUCAUUAGUUAAUAAUGCCAGUGAUUGUUGUGCACCUAUUAUUGUGUUGUUGUUAUAAUAAGAAAUACAUGUACAUACACCGGGCAGAAAACCACUCGACAUAAAUUGAAAUUUAGGUUUAAAUUUGGGGUGUAGAAAGUAUUAGAAUAGCUGCAUUCUGUGUGUUCAAGGUAUCGAAGUUCAGCUCUGUUUAAUAUUGUUUUGUGUUAUGUAUUAUUACUUUUAGCAAUAACCCCACUCAAAACUUUUACUUAUUGCUUUAAGGUGUUUAGAAACAGACUAUUUUUGUAUUAGUUUAUCCAAAUCAUGGUAUACUUUUUUGAAAACUUUGUUAGUUUUCCCAAAUCAUGGUAUUAUUUUUUGAAACAAUUAUUGGUUUACCCAAAUCAUGGUAAACCAAUUAUUGGUUUUCCCAAAUCAUGGUACACUUUUUGAAACAAUUGUUUGUUUACCCAAAACAUGGUAUACUUUUUAUGCCCCCCUUCGAAGAAGAGGGGAUAUAUUGUUUUGCACAUGUCGGUCCGUAUGUCCAUCCACCAGAUGGUUUCCGGAUGAUAACUCAAGAAUGCUUAGGCCUAGGAUCAUGAAACUUCAUGGGUACAUGGAUCAUGACUCGCAGAUGACCCCUAUUGAUUUUGAGGUCACUAGGUCAAAGGUCAAGGUCACAGUGACUCGAAGUAGUAAAAUGGUUUCCGUUUGAUAUCUCAAGAACGCUUACGCCUAGGAUCAUGAAACUUCAUAGGUACAUUGAUCAUGACUCGCAGAUGACCCCUAUAGAUUUUCAGGUCACUAGGUCAAAGGUCAAGGUCACAGUGACUCGAAACAGAAAAAUGGUUUCCGGAUGAUAACUCAAGAACGCUUACGCCUAGGAUCAUCAAACUUCAUAGGUACAUUGAUCAUGACUCGCAGAUGAUUUUUAGGUCAGUAGGUCCAAGGUCAAGGUCACAGUGACUCAAAACAGAAAAAUGGUUUCCGGAUGAUAACUUAAGAACACUUACGCCUAGGAUCAUGAAACUUUAUAGGUACAUUGAUCAUAACUCGCAGAUGACCCCUAUUGAUUUUCAGGUCACUAGGUCAAAGGUCAAGGUCACUGUGACUCGACACAGUAAAAUGGUUUCCGGAUGAAAACUCAAGAAAGCUUACACCUAGGAUCAUCAAACUUCAUAGGUACAUUGAUCAUGACUGGCAGGUGACCCCUAUUGAUUUGCAGGUCACUAUGUCAAAGGUCAAAGUCACAGUGACUCAAAACAGUAAAAUGGUUUCCUGAUGAUAACUCAAGAAUAAUUAGGCCUAGGAUCAUGAAACUUCAUAGGUACAUUGAUCAUGACUGGCAGAUGACCACAAUUGAUUUUCAGGUCACUAGGUCAAAGGUCAAGGUCACAGUGACAAAAAACAUUCACACAAUGGCUGCCACUACAACUGACAGCCCAUAUGGAGGGCAUGCAUGUUUAACAAACACCCCUUGUUAAAACUAUUAUUGGUUUACCCAAAGCAUGGUAUACUUUUUAUACCCCCCCCCCCCCCUUCGAAGAAGAGGGGUAAAUUGUUUUUCACAUGUUGGUCCGUAUGUCCGUCCACCAGAUGGUUUCCGGAUGACAACUCAAGAAUUCUUAGGCCUAGGAUCAUGAAACUUCAUAGGUACAUUGAUCAUGACUCGCAGAUGACCCCUAUUGAUUUUGAGGUCACUAGGUCAAAGGUCAUGGUCACAGUGACUCGAAGAAGUAAAAUGGUUUCCGGAUGAUAACUCAAGAACACUUAUGCCUAGGAUCAUGAAACUUCAUAGGUACAUUGAUCAUGACUCGCAGAUGACCCCUAUUGAUUUUCAGGUCACUAGGUGAAAGGUCAAGGUCAUAGUGACUCAACUUAGAAAAAUGGUUUCCGGAUGAUAACUCAAGAAAGCUUACGCCUAGGAUCAUGAAACUUCACAUGUACAUUGAUCAUGACUCGCAGAUGAUCCCAAUUGAUUUUCAGGUUACUAGGUCAAAGGUCAAGGUCACAGUGCCAAAAAAAAGUAUUCACACAAUGGCUGCCACAACAACUGACAGCCCAUAUUUUAAACAAUUGUUGGUUUACCCAAAUCAUGGUGUAUUUUUUUUUAGAAAACAAAGACAAUGUGUAUUCUUCCCUUCAGGGCUUUUUCUCUACUUGUCUUGUUCACUGUGAAUCAAAUGAAAAUGGGCUGUGCUCUGUGAAAAGAGGGUUUAAUGCCUGUGCAUAAAGUGUUGCCCCAGAUUAGCCUGUGCAGUCUGCACAGGCUAAUCAGGGACGACACUACGCUUUUAUAUUUUUUGUUUGAAAUAAGUCUUUUCUUAUUAAAAAUCAUGUUUAGGCGAAAGUGUCGUCCUUGAUUAGCCUGUGCAGACUGCACACGACACUAUGCACAUGCAUUAAGCCCCUAUUUCGCAGAGCACAGCUCAAAUAUGCUUAAUGCUUAAGAGUUGGGAUGACUUCAGGGAUAUUCCUAUGAAAUAAGCUGCUCAAUUUCAAGUGGUUGCUGGUACUGUCUGUGCUAAUUUUAGUGUAGCCACAGCAUGUUAUUUAACACUUUACCAUUAAGAUACAUAUUUUGACACAUUUGUAGUCUCUUAGAAUAUUACUUUAAAUUAAAGGCCUUUCUUACUUGAUCAAAGUUUUAAAGGUUUCAGUUCCAAUCCUAAGAUACUGAUGAGCAGCAAACAGCAUACAACCUGAACAGACUGAGUUACUCGCAGGCUGUUCUGGUUUUAUGCUGUUUGCUCAUAGCCAUUUUCACUUAGCUUUUAUGAGGGAAAGGGUUAAGAAUAUUUUAUGUUUAUACUCAUGUGACAUUUAUGGUCAAGAAUAAAGUAUUUGUUGUUACAUUUGAACAUGUUUUGAUCAUGAAAAAUAAUCCUUGAUAUAAAUUGAAGAUUGGAUGUUAAAUAUACAAGACCAAUUUUAAAAGAAAUUAUUGAGAAUUGGAGCAUACAAUGUUAUUGAGUAUAUUAUUGUCCCCUACCGGUUUCACUGGAGGGGACUUAUGGUUUGCGCUCUGUCUGUCUGUCAUUCUGUCCGUCACACUUUUCUGGAUCCUGCGAUAACUUUAAAAGUUCUUCAUAUUUUUUCAUGAAACUUGAAACAUGGAUAGAUGACAAUAUGGACAUUAUGCACGUCAUUUCAUUUUGUUCCUACGUCAAUAAUUAUGAUUGCUAUGACAACAAAUAAGACUAGAAAUACUGCUGAAAAUAGUGGUUUUCUGGAUCCUGCAAUAACUUUGAAAGUUCUUCAUAUUUUUUCAUGAAACUUGAAAUAUGGAUAGAUGGCAAUAUGGACAUUAUGCACAUCAUUUCAUUUUGUUCCUACGUCAAAAAAUCUGGCUGCUAUGGCAAAAAAAUAAAAAAAUAAUUAAAUCUGACGAUGGUGAAAUUUCUGACAAUGGUGGAGCCUGUAGGGGACAUAUAUUGCUUGCCAAUAGUCUUGUUUAGUAUUGUUUGGUCAUUCAGUUUUCUUGUAUAAAGUAAUGUAUAUUUUGUAUAUAUUCUGUAUUUUACUCUUAAUAUAGACUGUGAUAUGGUACACAUUUUUCUUGCCUAAAAAAACAACAUGUUACCAACUGGUGUAGGUAUGUGUUACAUGUAGCUGCCUGUUCAAAUUAUAAUUAAUGAUGUCCAUGUACAACCUUAAUAUAUUUAAUGUUCCCAUUACAUUAAAAAAAAAUGAUUGUCAAUAUUUUUUGUCCUGCAAAAUCACUGUUUGUGAUCUGUCAGAAAACAUAGCAUAGUUGCUUAAAAAACUGUGGUUUUACAAUUUACAAUUCAAUGAAUAAUAGAAUAAUUGAACAUGAGCUACUACCUUCAACAAUUUUUAUAAUACCUGUGUGAAAAUCAGAUGUCCAAUGACAUGGACAAAAUAUGGAUGGAUAAUUGUGGACUAAUUUUAAGGUGUCCCUAAGUUUAGUGUCUGAAAACAUAGAAUACAUAUGGUGAUAUUGUUGAUUUUAUUAUCCUCCCAUAAAACGUAUUGACCCAGAAAUACUGUAACCAUUUGUAUCAUUUGCAUUGUCAUUUUCAUUUGUGAAAGAUUAUAAAAAAUGCUGUUAUGAUUUCAUUUUCUACAGUUUCCUUUCAGUUAAAUAUUAAAUGAUUUGGUAGAGUAUUUUAUCUAUCAUUUGUUUAUGUAUGUAUGUGUACUUGUGGUUUGUAUUCUUUGCAUUGAACAGAGUUUGAAGGGAAUAUGGUGAAAUUCUCCAAAAUUGUUCCAAGAUUAUCAGAGAAUUCUCAUCUGAUCGCAAAAUACAGAGGUCAAGAAUUUGAUGAAAAUAAAUUAGAUUUUAUUACCAAUGUGCUAUAUACCAUUGAAAUACUUAUGAGCAGCACUAUGAGAUAAUGGGGCUUAAUGCAUGUGCAUAAAUCCGACACAAUCCGCUAAAACUGGAAUUUUUUUUAGAAAAUACUUUGUUCAAAUAAAAAAAUUCAUGCAAGCAGAGAGUGUUGUCCCUGAUUAGCCUGUUCAGACUACACAGGCUAAUCUGGGACUUUAUGCACUUGAAUUAAGCCCCAUUUUCCUGAGCAAGUCUCCAAUGAUAAAUGGUCAUUUCUUGCCUUGAUUAGCAAACAUUUAUUUUUUCUUGCCUUAACUUUAUAAAUUUUUCAAUACAUGUAAUAACUCUACAAAUCCAAAUAGAUAACUCAAUGGAUUUUCAUUUAAACUCGUACUUCACAAAUUGAUAAUCUCAACAAAAAUGUUGAUAAGAAAUUACAAUUCUAUUAGAACUCGCCCUUUCAGUUAUUUAUUAAAUGUGUGACCAGGUAAUACAGAGUUUAUUUCAAAAUAACAGGGUGCCAAAGAGCUGUAAAUAAACUUAUAAUAAUUCAUCUUGUUGUAAUGUUUUUUUGCAUACUUAAGGUCAAUACUGGUAAAAGAUAACUCUCUUAUCUGCUCAUUUCUUUUUAUGCUAUGUCUGGAUUUCAAGGAAUUUCCCUACAAACAAUCAACUAAGUCCUGUUAAAAAAACAAACGGUCCCUUAAUUGCAUUCCUGUAUGAUAUAUAAUGUUUAGUGGUAGUUUUCAUUAUUGUUUUUCACAUUUAAUUUUCAAAGUCACAUAUUUGUUUGGAUUGUCAACUUAUUUGACUUUACAUAAAGUCAUAUACAAUGUAACUCAUGUACCCACAUUUAUGUGUUCUUAUUAUUUAUUUAUUUAUAAUCAUUAUAGUAUUAUGUUAAGCAAUUAUUCAUACAUUCAUUGAGUGUAAUAAACAACUGCGAAAUGUU